UAUCAAAAAUAAGAAAUAAACCUCUCAUCACCAUUAGUCUCAUCAAAGUUUUUUUUUUUAUAAAAAGAAGAAAGUAGAUUCUCAAUUUUUUAAUAACACAUUUUGCAAGCAAUGGCAGCCAUGAACUCCAGUGUUUUGGCAUGCAACUAUGCCAUCUCAGGCACUGGAUCAUCUGAGCUUAAUGCAAAGAUUGUUUCCAUGCCUGCAGUUGCAUCCCCAGUUGUGUCUGGUCCCAAAUUACCUAUAAUCAGAGCCCAACAGGCUAGAGCUGAUUCUAAAGAAAUGAAAGCCAGUGAAGGAAGAAGAGCUGCACUGGUUUAUCUUGCAGCUACCCUUUUCACCUCUGCUGCUGCUUCUGCCAAUGCCGGAGUAAUUGAAGAUUACCUUGAAAAGAGCAAAGCUAACAAGGAAUUGAAUGACAAGAAGAGAUUGGCCACUAGUGGAGCAAAUUUUGCAAGAGCAUACACAGUUCAAUUUGGCACAUGCAAAUUCCCCGAGAACUUCACAGGCUGCCAAGAUCUUGCCAAGCAAAAGAAAGUGCCAUUUAUCUCUGAUGAUUUGGCUUUGGAGUGUGAAGGAAAGGACAAAUACAAGUGUGGUUCCAAUGUUUUUUGGAAAUGGUGAAGAGGGAGAGCUCUCUGUAAAUCUCCGUUUGCCAAGAUGUAUCUAGUUUUCCAUGUAACAAACAUUACACUCCAUUUUUCUCUGUGAUUCUCUCCUAUGUUUUCGAUUCUUGCUCAAUAUUGCUUCAACCCUGGAGAGUGUAUGGAGAAACAAAUGGAGUUUGUACCCAAAUUUUCAUGAUUAAUUAUCACUGGACUACCCAUCA